GCACCGAAUAUAACAAGCAGAAACGUCCCUGAAAUGUUUUUAUACAAGACGAGAGUCUCUGAUUGUUAUUGUGUGGAAAUAAAAACCUGCAGCUGCUUCUGGAAGCAACUUCAUCAGAAAACCAGACUAAAGACAUUUUGAAGAAAAAUGCGACAAGCUUUCAUCUUCUGCCUUCUCUCAGCUCUCUGCGGUGCGAAAACACUGAUCCAAACCGAAGGAGGAAGCAUCACAGCGAAAUGCUCCUUUACUUUCUCUGGAAGCGGGAAGUUCGUCUGCAGGGAUCCGUGUGAAAACGGAGACGUUCUCAUUGAAACCGAAGCCGCGGAGGCUCAAAAAGGCCGGUACAGCAUCAGAUACACAGAAGGAACCUUUCCUGCUUCUCCCACUGUUCUGUAUGUGAACAUCUCACGGCUGAUCCAGUCCGACUCCGGGCGCUACUGGUGCGGCUUAAAAAGGCGUUUCAUGACUGAUUCACGCCAGGAGUUUAACGUAAAUGUCACAAAUGAUACGAACGGCUACGUUCUGCCUCUGGCUUUAUGUGUCGCCACAUUAUUUGCUGCAGCUGUGCUGCUCCUCUACAAAUGGAAAACAAGGAGGGAAUCUGAUGGUUCGACCAGCAGGGGGCAGUCAAGCAGCAACAGCAGCAACAAUAGGAGAGGGAGAAACACUCAGUUUUCUGCCUCAAAGUUUACAAACCGGACGCCUCCACCAGACGCUCAACAACAACUUUACUAUAACCUCUGAGGCUAACGGCAUACCAGGAAUUAAAAUAGAUGUUCUCAUUAAUAGACCCAAGUUCUGCACCAGUUCUGCUCACCAAAACAGCAGAAAGGCAUCAGCUGUGAGGAGACAACAAACGGGUUCAGCUCUACAUCCAUUUGUGUCGCUAAACAGAAGAAAAUCUAAACAACUUUCUCAAAGAAAACAUCUGUUAUAGAAAUGUAUUAACACAAUUUGUAAGCAUAUAAUCUCGUGCUUGUAAACUGAACUUUGUAGCUUAAUGAAAUAAAUGUCUGAGAAAUAAAGACUUAAAUAAUAACACAUAUGCAA